GACAUGGACCACGACAUCAAAGCCACCCUCAGCAUCAAAGACGGCCUCGACGAGCGCGUCACAGACCUGCAGGGCCAGGUCUCCAUCCUCAGCGCCUCCAAAGCCUCGCUCACGUCCGAAAACGCCGCCCUCCAGGCGUGCAACACCACCCUCACCUCCGAGCACUCCGCCCUGCUCACCUCGCGCACAACGCUCCGUCUCGAAAUCACGCGCCUCAACGACCACGCCACCCACCUGCGCUCCGACUGCGCCCAUCUGGCCGAGGACAAGCGCGUCUUGACAGAAGACAAACACCGCCUCACCACCACCACCACCGACACACUAACGCCGCGCCUCAACCAUCUGCGCAACAAGCUCGCCCUCCUAACCGACGAGCAGAAAACGCUCGAGCGGGACAACCGCAGCCUACGCAAAGAGGGCGACAGCCUGGCGGAGCGGAUCGACCGGCUCGCGGAGCGGGAGGACGAGCUAGACGCGCGGUGUCGGCGGCUGGAGGAGAAGGGGCUCGGGCUGGCGGUUUGCUGCGCUGUGGGUGUGAGUGCUUGCCUAUCUGCUUGAUUGACUCACUGCUUGGGGGAUGGAGGGGUUGUAAGUGUGGUGUGCUAAUUCGUGCACAGGAUUGGGGCUCGAGGCUUGCGUUGCCGGAGCCGGAUUGAGUGGUGCGGCGUGCUGAGAUUGAGCUUGAAUGAUUUGGGCGAGGGCGUGGGGACUGACGGCGUUUGGGGUUUAUGUUUAUAUAGUGGGAGGAAGGGUCGGGAUUGAAGAAUGCGCCAUCUUCUCAAUUUUA